AAGUGUUGUCGUGUCUGGGUUUCUGCUUGGACUCUUCCCGCUAUUUUGUAGCUAGCUAGCUUUUGUCGAUUCCUCUUUAGUGGAAAGAGGCCGCCUACAUACAAGCAAGUAAUAACAUUAACACUCAUAUAGUCUACGUCCCUGGAGAGCCACUACAGCGUCGACGACUUCCGUUGUUUUAAAUUCCCUUCUGAAGUGGGAUCACGGUUCGUGUGUAAGCCUGGCUCUCUGUAUAAAACAGGAUGUCUAAAAGCGAAACAGAAGAGAUGAUAGAGAUUGAGAUUGAUGAGCGGGAGAAACAGGCAUGCCUGGAGGAAGGGGUUGAGGAGCAGACCAUCACGGCAUCAGAUUUGAUCCAACAAGAUAUAGACAUCAACGAGCCCAUUGGCAAUUUGAAGAAACUUUUAGAGCCCCGCAUCCAAAUAUCACUGGAUGCAUAUGAGAUCUGCUUGCAGGACAUUCAGCUUCAUCCCGAUCACAGCCUGUUUGAUCAGGGAGUCAAGACAGACGGCACAGUGCAGCUCAGCCUGCAGAUUAUAACCAAACCAGGUGAGGAGAAGUUGAAUAUUUUGGAAAUCGUGAAGCCGGUAGAAACAGUGGAGGUGGUGAUUGAUCCAGAUGCAGCAGGAGAGGAUGGAACUCUGGUAGAGGAGGGUCAGCUCAUUGCUGUGGAACGAUCUGCUCUGACAGAUGAGACGUCAGAGCAGGUGACACGCUGGGCUGCAGCACUUGAAGGCUACCGCAAAGAGCAAGUUCGCCUGGGCAUACCAUAUGACCCUGUGCUCUGGACAGCUGACCAGGUGAUUCACUGGGCUGUCUGGGUAAUGAAGGAGUUUAACAUUGAUGAGAUGGAAAUUGGCAGCAUUCACAUCCCAGGUCGAGAUCUCUGCUCAUUCAACCAAGAAGAGUUUCUUCAGAAAGUGCCGAAUGGAGAGAUACUCUGGAGUCACCUUGAACUCCUACGCAAAUAUGUGUUGGCAAGCCAGGACCAGUCUGGAGGGGACGCUACUGUCACCAUUGAUCAACCUGUGCAGAUAAUCCCGGCUCAAGUUAGCACACCCUCUGCCAUAAAGGUGUUAAAGCAGAAUCGUGCUCCGAGAACUCCCAGAAUUUCAGGAGAGGAGCGAAGCUCACCUGGCAACCGCACAGGCAACAAUGGUCAGAUCCAGCUGUGGCAGUUCCUGCUAGAGCUUUUGACGGACAAAGACGCAAGAGACUGCAUCUCCUGGGUGGGAGAGGAGGGAGAGUUUAAACUCAACCAGCCGGAGCUUGUGGCACAGAAAUGGGGGCAACGCAAGAACAAGCCCACGAUGAACUAUGAGAAACUCAGUAGAGCCCUCAGGUAUUACUAUGACGGGGACAUGAUCAGCAAGGUGCAGGGCAAGCGCUUUGUCUACAAGUUUGUGUGCGACCUGAGGACUCUGAUUGGCUACAGUGCGGCUGAGCUCAACAACCUGGUGACCGAGUGCGAACAGAAGAAGCUGGUCCGUAUGCAGAUGCAUGGCAUCGGCCAGCCCAUCACUACAGUGACCCUGUCCACGACACUAGACAAAGACAGUUAAAGGAGGAUGCUUUCCCAGCACUCUCCAGCUGCCACAGGCUAACUCUGUUCUCCACCACUGGUUGGAAAUGUAUUCAACUUCCUUCUUUUAGACACAGCUGUGUUGUUCCGGCACAGAAAAGCAAGGCUGAUUAGUGUGGAUUAACAAUUAUGUUUUCUUUACAGUUCGAUUCGACUUAGGCUGUGGCAGUUGGUUUUUUUUAUAGCUUUUCUUUAACUCUAACCAAGAGGAGAAGAGUGUUCAGGACAAGAGUUUGAAUGCCUGUGUAUUUUUUGAGUGCCUGUGUGUUUGGGACUGGAUGCUUGAACGUGUGACUGAAACCCUGUUGAGCUUUUUGUAAUGUGUCUCUUGUCUCUUGUCUUCACUGUAUAUACCAGUACUUCCUGUUUUUGAUUGCUGCAAGGACAAGUGUAUUUUCAUAUUUUCCAUUUAUAGAGACCCUGUUUUGUAUUUGAUUUAGUGUUUUUCCCUGAUUUGUUGGACCUUUUUUGUCCACAAGGGGGAAUAAAGUGUUAAGAUUUUUUUCUUAACAUUGGUAUUUCAGUCUUCUUGUUUUUAACUUUGAAAUGUGAAAUGCUAUAUUUCCAGUGCCUUUUAUAAAUCAGAGAUAUAAAGGGUGACAAACUGCAAAGAAACAUGUUGGUACAUUCAAAACUUUAUUCAUGUCAUAGUGGGUGUAGAAAGCAUUUUCUUACUCUAAGCAAAUGGUUCAUUUAACUACACAUAAAGGAAGGUCACUGAAUCUA